AUGGGGUGCUGUACGAGCACUGCAGUUCGUGACUUUGCACCCCCGACUGACCGAGACCAGCGCGAAAACGAGCCACCGCGCGCGGCUCUUAACAAGCCCGCAGCCGCGGCCACCGCCACGGCCUGGAGCACAUCGCGAACACCACCGCCGCCCCCGUCACCGCCCGAGCAGCAGACCAGCAAGACUGCUGCACCGAUUAUCCUGGGACCCACCAGUCAUGCACCGGGAGAGGGCCGCACCACGUUUGAGCUGCAGGAGCAGCUUCGCAUGCUGCGCGAUGCCAUGCGCGAGGAGCAAGCGCGACGAGCGCAGGCCGAGGCUCAGGCCAAACAGCUGGAGCGGCAGGUACUCUUUGACACUGAGGCCACCACCUCUGAGCAAACGGCAGCUCUGCGGCGUCUGCUUGAGGCCCGGCCGCACCUUCGCGAUGCUUGGGAGCCGCCAACUCCCCCCGAAAAUGCCAACCUUGACGACGCAGCAGCACAAGCGCCCAGUGCACGGAUCAGCCAGGGCCUCUUGCCGCCUGCUCUGAGUGUCGUGGCCCUUCCCCGCCCUGGUACCGCUGCCGCUCAGGCUCGGCGGUCUGAACUGGUGCAGCAGCAGUUGGAUGAUCUACGGCAGCAGCACGAAGUGUUGAAGCAAAAGGUUCGCGUGUGUCAGGCGCGGCUGCUGGUGUUGGUGGAGCUGCACUGUGCGCGGGAUGCGCGUCCUUACGUGCGGCGGGUCAAGCGGCUGAAAGCACGUCAUACCGAGCAACGCGCCGGAAUGCAAGGACGUAUACUCGAGUUGGAAAUGCAACUGCAGAGUGCGCAGAUGCAAACGGAAGCGCUGGAGGCUCGACUGCGUCGAGCCCAAUCAGCCCCAGUUUCGCGGCCUCGGGGCCACCGCGGCGAUGCAGCGGACGAGGAGACAACGAGCCCGCGCCGAAUUUCGCGGGCUUUGGUAGAAGCCGAGGUUGAAGACGAUGAGGCAGAUGAUCGCGACACGGGCUCGGAUGCCGACCUCCCGAAUGACACCGCGAGCGCCACUGGUCCGGCAGGCGCAGGAGCAGAAGAGGACGAGGAGGACGAGGAGGACGAGGAUCCUCGCCAGCAUUUGAUUUUGCAGCUAUCAGAACAGAAUCGAGGCGACCCGCAUCUCGCCGCCGUAUCGCGCCGCGCCCCUUCGCUGCUCACGGGCAAUGAAGGCCACCGCCUCCAGCCCCCAUCCAGUUGCUUCUGCUGCCCCAUACCGACUUGGACAGCCGAGGUCACCCGCCCCGAGGCCCUCACAACUUGUGCCGAGACGGCAUUGAAUCUUCGACCGACUCGCCGUUUCCCCACGCCAGACGCUCUUUCUCAGCCUCUUCCAAGCUCGGGCAUCUACCAUUCGCCGUUGCCCUGCCGCGCCCGGCUCUGCCGCGACAAGACACUUCUGCGUUUGUGCCUUGGCCCGCCACUGGGCUCUGGGAUUUUCCCUUGCGUCGCACGACCUCCACACCCAGGCCUCCAUCCUCUCGGCGGCUUGACGCGUGACGGCAGCGCUUGCAUUUGUGGUUUUCGACUGGCUAGCACAUCUGGCACCUUGCAAUAUUGCCCACAAAGCUCGAUGAUUUCUUUCGCCGACAUGUUCGCCGACUCGAAUCGCCCCCAUGUCGAUGAUCACAGCCAUGCCCCCCUUUUCAACCGCUCAGCCUCCAUUCCAAACCCCCCGCACAACGCACCGGCUGAAGCAAAGGCUAGCAGUCCUUCCCCAUCGGCAGCGCAUCUGCCCCAGCCCGUGCUGCAGCAGCUUCGAAACGUACCCCGCGCCCCAGGCCGGCGAAGGCGCCCCAAGGCCCAGCCGCCAUCACUGCGCCCCCUUUUGGACAAGAACAGCAGUGUCAGCCCUGCGGCCAGCCUCAACACAAGCUCAAUUUAUGACGAGGACGAUGUCAGCGGCUCCCCAUUAGCUGAAGCCCUCAUCACCCCCAUGUCGUCCACACCAGCUGCUUCGCCCAACGCGUCCUCCCACAAUUCGCGCCGUGCCACUCUACCAAAUGUUGGUGUAAAUGCACGCACGGCCAGCCUUGGCACCUCUUGCCGAGAUGUUUUGGCGCAGGACUUUGAGCUAGAGCACGCCGACGCCAGUGACCGCAGCGAGGCGGCUUCCCCCUACAACCUGUCCCGCGAGGCGUUGGUGUACGAGGCUGAUCGGGAAGAUGAUGACCGUGAGGCUCCUGAGCUGGCAGCGCGUCUUCGCCAGCGCCGCUGGCGCGUCAGCGAAAGCACGUCAACGCCCCGUCGCUCACCGUCACCAGUACGGUUGAGUGUCUCGGCUGCCCCGGUACCCAUCACGCCACCAAGCAGCGUAUCCAUGACGCCCAAUGUUGUCGAUCAUCCUCCAUCACCACCACCAUCACCACCACCAUCGCCACCACCACCACGAGCUCAAGAUGGAGGCGCGAGCCCUGUGCCACGGACGGUGGGAUCGGACAGUUCACCCCAGGUGGAUCUGGCGGCCACGGUCAACGCUUGCACCCUGGCCAGCGCCAAACCAGCCCUCGCAACCAUCACUGCACCACCGCUACGCUCAUCACGGCCCGAACGCGAGCGCCUCCGCCAAUAUCGCCGGCGCUGCGAGUCUUCCACCAUCUUGGCAGUGCGGGACUUGGCCUCUACGUGUGGACUGAGCGUCAUUCAGCAUGCUUGGCUGCUCCGCGUGGCCGUUGAUGCCCGUCAGACGGCGUUGCGUGGCACUCAGGCACACGUUGGUCCCAUGGCCGUUGAUCGUGAGCAGUCCUCCGACUCCUUCCCAUCAUCGUUUGAGCUGGGCGCCCCAGCCUUGAGCUUAGUCUCGAGUCCGAGUGCCACAUCCCGCGCACGCACCAAACUACAGCAGAUUGGCAGUUGGGGCAGCUGGGGCAGCGACGACAACGAUGACGACGAUAGCGACAAGACCAACGCCAGCAACUUUGAGGGCGAAGGUCGCACCGACAUCCAACCCGACCCCGAAUGCUCUGUUUGGCUUCCGAAUGGGCUCGAGCCACCCAGCACAUCCUCGUCAUGCACCUCGGCCGCAGCUCGUCGCCAGGCCUUUGCCGCGCAUCACCAAGCCAAUGCCGAGGCACAGGAUGAGUCGAAUGUCGAAGCCGUAUCCAAGGCAAUGGCGCGCUCACCGCCGGGGCCGCGUGUGCUGCGCUUGUGGUCGGCCCCAGGCAUGCCAGGCGGCUGUGAGCGUGGCAACAUGGGCGGCUGUCGUCGCCCGCCCCGGUUUCGUCCACCCCUGAGCCCCGUGCCCGAGCAUGUGCCUGUGCGGGCUCCCGCCCCGUUGGCGCUAGAGCAGACGAGCGGCCGUGGGCCGCGCUCCUCGGGCUUGGCCAAGGGGUCACCACAGACACCGUUGCGCAGUGCUGAUGGGAUCGUGCGGAGCAAACAUUUCGACUGGGACGCGCUUGAUGCACCGGCCCGUAUGGCCUUUUUCCGUGACACCAUGUCCAGCGUGCAAGCAUGGGAAGCAGCGUCGACGGCGGGAUCCACGGCUGGUUUGACUUCCGGCUCGUGGGUUAGCUGGCCCGAGCAUUCGAGCCCAUUUGCCUCGACGACACCCGACUCGGGCUCUGAUCAGUCUGGUGGCGAGGGUGAUGUGGAGGUCAGCGACACCAGUGAGUCUGGGCCCGAAGCGUCAACGCCGUUGCAUCAGUUGGAUCAGCCCCGGUCGACGCCUUGUGCCGAGUCAGAGGUCAAGCGCUGGAGUCUAGAUUCGGCGAUUGGCAGCCAGCCAGAUGAUGGACAUGGCUCAUUCGACAGUGUAGGUCGUGCCAUCAAGCACAAGCGCAGCGCCAGCAGGUCCAUCUCGGCGGGACAGCCUGAUAAGGACCGCGGAUUCUCCAAGCGUGGUCAUGUGGCUACUGAGUCGCGUACAUCUACCCAAAAACCCUUGGGUGACGCUGUGUGGUUGGAGUCCAAGGCUUCAUCCCGGCCGUUGCGCGCCCGUGCCCAGGCCGUGGCAGCUGUGCGGCGCCAGCUGGAUGCGGUGUUGUCACCGCUACAGCAGCAGUGUCUGCGUCGUCAUUACGAGCGCGUCCAAGCCACUGCCCCUUCUCGUACCCCACGGGCCCGACUGUUGUCCAUUUGA